GGCACCGGUUUCAAAGUCGCAGGGCGGGCCGAGUGGACUUCCGCUGCUGGACCCGGGCUUCUCGGUCUUCCUGGCGUCGCUCCCCGCCCCUCCAAGGAUGCCGCCACCCGGCUGCCCGCCAGCUCUCUCAGCGCUCUCCUGAGUGGCCCGACACGACCCCAGUGACCCGCGGGACGUCCAAUAUAUCCAGCCGCGUCCCUGGUCCUGGCUGGGAUUCGGGUGAACGUGAAACAAUUCACUUGGCGGGUCCGCAGCAAACCUGAAAUUUGGUGUCUCGCUUGAGCGAGGGACUGGGCUGGGACGCGGGAGAAGGAGGCGCGGCGGGGCUGUUGACGCCGCGUGAGUAGGAUGCAGAUCACGCCGCUCGAGUGCUAGACAGCCUCCGGAGCUUUGCCUUAGUUUUGCUUUCCCGCACUGCGAGCUUUGUGUCUUUUUAAGAAAAGUGAAAGCUGGUGAAAGCUCCAAACAAAUUGCAUCCAAAUGGCCACAGAAAUCGACUUUCUGCGAAACCAGAACCAAAGACUAAAUGAAAUGCUUAGGCGGUGUCAAAUGGAAAAUUUUUUGAAAUAUUCAACCGUACAGAAAGGUGUCUUCAAAGGAGAUGGAGAUGACACAUUAGAAAACUCAGCAGCUGACCAAAGCUUUUUAGUUCCUCUUAUAACUGAGCAUGAUAAGCAUUUGGAAGAACUAAAUGGUCAGCUGAAAUAUUAUCAGAAACAGAUGGGUGAGAUGAAACUACAGUUUGAAAAUGUCGUCAAGGAAAAUGAAAGGUUGCACAAUGAAUUAAAAGAUGCUGUUGAAAAACAAUUGGAGGCCCGUCCCUUUGGCACAGAGAUGGGAAAUGAAAUAUAUACAGAUGACGAAACAGUCAGGAGUCUUCAAGAACAACUAAAACUGGCCAAUCAGGAGAAAGCUCAGGCUGUGGAACUCUGGCAGACUUCUUCUCAGGAGUUGUACAAGCUACAGAAACUUUACCAGGAACAUAUGACUGAGGCCCAGAUUCAUGUUCUUGAAAGUCAAAAGCAAAAGGAUAAGCUGACAAGUUUUCAGCAGCUGACCAAGCAUCUUCAUGUUACUAAUGAGAACGUAGAAAUGACUAAUCAACAUUUUCUGAAAACAGUAACUGAACAAAGUGCGGAAAUUGAGCAGCUCCGAAAACAACUUAGGCAAGCCAAGUUAGAUCUGAGAGUUGCAGCAGCAAAAAUGGAAGAGUUAACUAAAGUGACUGAAGACCUUCAAGGACAGAUGCAGAAGAGGGAAGAGGAUAUGGUUUCUGCCCAAGGAAGAGAAGCAGCAUCAGAUAGGCGCUUACUGCAGUUACAAUCUAGUGUAAAACAAUUAGAAACAAGAUUAUCUGUGGCAAUUAAUGAAGCCACCCAAUUAAGAGCAGAACGAACACAUCUGGAGAAACAGACCAGAGCAUUACAAGCAAAGUGCAGUGAAUUAGAAGCUGAGAAAUACGAGGCAAUUGUACGAGCCAGAAACAGCAUGCAACUCCUAGAAGACGCUAACCUUCAAAGAAAUAAGGCUCUGCUUGAGGAUAAGCAAAAACAAGAAGAAAUAGAGAAAAUGAAAGAAACAGUUUCUCAGAUUGUGCAAGAUGCUGCCGUAAGAACCAAGAAGGUGAUUAUAAACACAAGGAAACAAUAUAAUGUACAGAUUUCUCAACUAACAGAAGAACUUUCAGCCCUUCAAAUGCAGUGUGCUGAAAAACAAGAUCAAAUCGAACGAGCCAUCAGGGAGAAAAAAGCAGUGGAAGAAGAACUAGAAAAGAUUUACCGUGAAGGCAGAAUGAAUGAAAAUGAUUACAGAAAACUAGAAGAAAUGCACCAAAGAUGCCUGGUUGCCGAGCGUUCAAAAGAUGAUCUUCAGCUGAGACUUAAGACAGCAGAAAAUAAAAUCAAACAACUUGAAAUAAAUUCCUCGGAAGAGAUAUCACGUUGCCAAGAAAUGAUUCAGAAACUUCAAAAUAUAUUGGAGUCUGAGAGGGAGAACUGUGGAUUUGUCAAUGAACAAAGGUUGAAACUUCAGCAGGAAAAUGAAGAGUUACAGAAACAGACUGAAGAUUUGAGAAAGAGUGCUCUCGAGGUUCAAAAAAAAGCCAAAUUAAAGAUCAGUACAAUGGAGCAUGAAUUUUCAAUAAAGGAACAUGGAUUUGAAGUUCAGUUAAGAGAGAUGGAAGACAGUAAUCGAAAUUCCACUGUUGAACUGAGGCAUCUCUUAGCUACUACACAGAAAGCAGCCAAUAGGUGGAAAGAAGAAACGAAGAAACUCACUGAAAGUGCAGAAAUUAGAAUCAGUAAUCUAAAACAAAAGUGCCUCUAUGGGGUUUGUGGGACCUAGCACUAUUCGUACGUGAAGAGACACAGGAGGAGUCCUGCCCAGCCACACAUUGGUUAUCAGGCAUGCAGACCUCUCUAUGGGCUGUGGAACUGCCCAAAGCCUGUCAACUGGCUCUAUCGCCUUUCAGCCACAAUCUGGGAGCACCUGGAGGUAACUGAUUUGGGCAGUCACCCAUGGAUAGAGAACCUUUGUAGAAGUCCAAGUAUUCAGAGAAGAAAUUACAGCAUUCUGUUAGAGAAAAAAAAAAAGUACAUAUAUAUAGGGGGAUGUGUGUGUGUGUGAAUUUAGACACACUGGAGUGGAAGUUUAUGAAUUCUGCCUCAAGGAGCAUAAAGUAGGUGUAUCCAUGCAAAGUCAGAGAAAGCCCCAGAACCUCAAGCAAAACUAACAAAAAGUAUCUCUCAUCUGAAGACAUUCUGGAUUGGAAGAGAUGACUGCUACCUCAAAUACAAAACUAGUAACACAAAACUACAGUGAACAUGAAAAGUCAAAGAAACAUGACAUCAGGAAAAAAAUCACAAUUGUCCUCCAGUAACCAGACACUGAAACAUCGGGCUCUGCAAUUUACCCAAUAAAAAAAUUCAAAAAAAAUGUUUUAAGGAAAUUCAGUGAACUAUAAGAAAACACAGAAAGAUAAUUCUGUGAAAUCAGGAAAACAAUACAGGGACAGAAUGAGAAAUUUAAGGAGAUACAAAUCCUAAAAAAGAACCAAGCAGAAAUUCUGGCAUGAAAGAAUUCAAUGAACAAAAUGUAACAUUCGGUGGAGAACAUUAAUAGAAGAGUAGAUCAAACAGAAGAGACAGUCAGUGAAUUAGAGGAUGGGAACUUGGAGGAAACAUACAAGUAUUAAGACAGAUAAUCCAGUUAAAAAAGAACAAAGAAAAAGAAUAUUGGAGUAAAAAAAAAAAAUCCAUUGUGAUUUAUAGAACACAAUCAAAAGAAACAAUAUCCAAAUCAGUAGAGUUUCAGAAGGAAAGUUCAGAAAGAUUAUUUAAGAAAUAAUGACUGAAAACUUGCCAAACCUGAGAGAUUUAGCUGUUCAAGGUCGUGAAGCUGAAAGCAAAGAGAAAGAGAGACUCCUAAAAUCAGCAAGAGAAAAAAAGUUUGUAACCUAUAUAGGGAAACCUAUACUAGGGUAUUAGUAGGAUCUUUACAGACCAGGAGAGAAUAGGAUGAUGUAUUCAAAGUGCUGAGAGAGGAGGGGGAAAAAAUGCCAACCAGGAACACUCUGUCUAGCACUUAACCCUCAGAAAUGAAGGGGAAAUAAAAAUUUUCCCAGAUAAAGCUGAUAAAAGCUGAGGAAAUUCAUGAUCACUGGACAUGUCUUACAAGACAUGCUGAAAGGAGUUCAUCAAGCUGAAAUUUUAAAAAAAUGUAAUAUGAAAAUUUACAACACAGUGAUAAAGGUAAAUAAUCAAGUUCAGGCAACUCUUAAUACUGUAAAAUGGUGUGUUGAUAAUUAUAGUAUAAAGGUUAAGGACCAGAGUAUUAGAAAUAACUAUAACUACCAUAAUGAAUACAAUUGUUAAUGAAUACACAAUGUAAAAAGAGGUAGAUUGUGACAUUAAAAAACUUAAGAAGCAGGGGAGUAAAAAGGUAGAGUUUCUGUAUUCAAGCCAAGUUUUUGUAUUCAGCAUAAAAUAGACUUUUCUAUCUGUAAGAUGUUUUGAGUAAGCCUUGUGGUAACCACAAAGCAAAAAUCUGUACCAGAUUUGCAAAAGACAAAGAGGGGAAUCCUCACGAAAAAUCGCCAAUUCACAAAGGAAGGCAGCAAGAGAGGAUAAAAGGAGCACGAAAAAUGCAGAACAGCCAGAAAACAGUCAGUGAGAAGGCAUCAGUAGAUUUUUACAUAUCAGUAGUUACUCCAAAUGUAAAUGGAUUGAGGUCUUCAUUCAAAAAUACAGAGUGGCUGAGUGAAUUAAAAACAAGACCCAUUUAUAUACUGCCUAUAAGAGAUUCACUACAACUUUAAGGACACAGGCUCAAAGUGGAAAGUGAAAGACAGCAGUGGUAGCUGUACGUAAAUCAGACAAAAUAAGACUUUCACGUUGCAGUCCCUUUUCUAACUUCUUGAAUUAGAAGCAUGUCUCACCGGUUUUCAUUUUUUCCUAAUGCCUGUAUUCUUAAAUGUUAUAAAAUUUCCACUAGAUACUGACAUAGCUUUAGCAUAUGUUUUGAUGUAUGUAGUAUUUUCACCACUAUCAAUCUUUUCUUCUUUCAAUCCAUGUU